GAUUGAGAUACAACUGAUUUCAUAAAGCAAGUUCUUUGCAAGUUGUGUAAAAUCAGUAUGAGACAUACCGAGGGUCCACAGGGAAUCACUUUAAUCUGAGGAAAACCAUUUCUGACCGCCUCCGGAUUCUCUUUCAUACUGAAGAAUGUCAGCCUGGAUAUUAUUGCUCAGCGUGGGUGCUCAUUUUGGACUGUCCUGGGGUCAGCGCACUGAACCCAUGUUUGCCUCAGUAACUCAAAGUAUUUUCCCACCGGACUACGAGAACAACCCCACGCAGCUCAACUACGGUGUGGCCGUCACCGAUGUGGAUGGAGAUGGAGAUCUGGAGAUGUUUGUAUCAGGUUACAAUGGCCCAAACCUGGUGCUGAAAUACGACAAGGUUAAGAAGAGGCUUGUUAACAUUGCAGUUGACAACCGGAGUUCACCGUACUACGCACUCAGGGAUCGACAGGGCAACGCUAUCGGGGUGACAGCGUGUGACAUAGACGGCGAUGGAAGAGAGGAAAUUUACGUCCUCAACACCAAUAAUGCCUUCUCAGGGAGAGCGACGUACACCGAUAAGCUCUUCAAGUUUCGUAACGGCCGGUUUGAGGAUCUCCUGAACGAUGAGAUAAAUGAACACAGAGAUGUCGCUAAUCGCGUAGCUGGACGCUCAGUGGCAUGUGUGGACAGAAAGGGAACAGGACGUUAUUCCAUCUACAUCGCUAAUUACGCCAGUGGGACCGUCGGCCCGCAUGCUAUGAUCGAAAUGGAUGAAAAUUCCAGUGACCCAUCAAGAGGAAUCAUUGCGCUGUCAAACGUUGCCGAGCAAGCCGGAGUCAACAAGUUCACAGGUGGACGGGGGGUCGUGGUGGGUCCCAUCGUCAGUCAGUACCUGCCUGAUAUAUUCUGCGACAACGAGUACGGGCCCAACUUCCUUUUCCGCAACAAUGGAGACGGUACGUUUACGGACGUGGCGGCACAGGCGGGAGUCGACGACCCAAUGCAGCAUGGCCGUGGGGUGGCGUUAGCAGAUUUCAACCGGGAUGGGAGGACAGAUAUUGUCUAUGGAAACUGGAACGGGCCGCAUCGCCUGUUCCUUCAGCUCAGCAAUCAUCGCAAGCAAAGGUUCAAGGACAUCGCCUCGCAGAAGUUUUCAAUGCCAUCUCCUGUUCGCACAGUCAUCGCAGCAGACUUUGACAAUGACAAUGAACUGGAGGUCUUUUUUAACAACAUCGCUUACAGAGGACCAUCGGCUAACAGACUGUUCAGGAUCGAAAAAGUUACCCGGGUGGAUUCGUCAACAUUUAAAAGAGGAGUUUCUCGAAGAGAACACGGAGAUCCACAGAUCGAGGAGCUGAACAUCGGGGAGGCCGCAGAACCGGAGGGAAGAGGAACCGGAGCAGCUGUGACUGAUUUUGAUGGAGAUGGACAGCUGGAUUUGCUGGUGACACAUGGAGAAAGUGCAGCUCAGCCCAUCUCUGUCUAUAAAGUCACACAGGGCUCAUCUAAUAAGUGGCUCCGUGUAAUUCCACGCACGCAGUUUGGGGCUUUUGCUCGUGGUGCCAAAGUAAUCGUUUACACCAAAAGAAACGGCCCACAUACACGAAUCAUAGACGGAGGAUCCGGGUACUUGUGUGAAAUGGAGCCGGUGGCUCACUUUGGACUAGGGAAAGACGUGGCCACCAAUGUGGAGGUGUUCUGGCCAGAUGGACGCUCCGUGGCAAGGCCGCUGGAACCCAGCGACAUGAACCAAGUUAUGGAGAUCCAAUACCCUGAAAAAGAAGAGGAAGUGACCCCAGCUGUCGAGAUCGAGUGUGGACCAGGAUUUGAGGUCAAUGAAAAUGGACGUUGCACAGAUCGAGACGAAUGCACGCAGUUUCCGUCCGUGUGUCCCCACGAGCGGCCCGUCUGCACAAACACCUACGGGAGCUUCAAGUGCCGUGCGAACAAAAGGUGCAACCAGGGAUACGAGCCUAAUGAUGAGGGUACAGCGUGUGUAGCUCAGGUGGCUUAUUUUGGAGAAAACAGAUCUUCAUCCUUCAAACUCUGCUCUUCUUGUCCUCUUGUACUAUCUGUACUCAUCUUCACUGCAUGCUUGUGGGCAUGAAGGUCCGAGUCUCUCUGCUCCUGACAUCCGUCACCCUGCUUGUUCUCUCUUUCUCUGAGAUCCUAUCACACCGAGAGUAUUUGGAGACGGUUGUAAAACGAACUCUCUACGGACAAUUCACUUUCCUGUUGUUUCUGCAAUAUCUCAUUUGAAUCAUGAUCAAUAACAGACUUGUAGAAAUAAUGCUUAGCUUUCCAGUUGGGAGCCUCAAAAGAUCCCUGUUUGUUGGAAAAAAAACAAGACUUCUCGUUCCAGCUGUAAUGAGAAAAGGCUCUGAUCAAAAACAGUCCUGUUUUUCAUCAUAUUCGUCAAGCGUGAUUCGGGAUAAGAUUGUAAUUGGUAUGAUCUUCAUAAAAGGCCUUCUCUCAGCGUGUCACAGGCAUGUAAACAAACGGUCACGGGUUCAAUCCAGUUCUAGUGCAUUCAAACUCAUAUCGCAUCUUGGCAGGAAACGGCGUGUUUGCAGGUUUUUCAGGACAGCAUAUGUCCCGGCCAUCUGUUUCACGCAAGGUUACAUUUCUUAAGCGUUGAAUGAUACGUUCGUACGGUAUAAUUUUGACCCUCAGUUGUGACUGGCUGCUGGCAGGAUCAGUGCAUGUUUUUGGCAUGAAUGAUUGACAGGUUAAGCCAGUGAAGUUAAACUUUUCCUCUUUAUCAUGCAAAAAAAGUAUAGUGGUUAACCUCAUAAAACUUUUCACAUUCAUGUUUCAUGCAAUUAUAAAAAAAAUGUUUUGCUUUAUAUUUUUGAGACCAUUGGGAUGUUUUUGCAAUGUGAUAUUUUCAUGACAAUUAAGCACAUUCUUAUUACCAUAAUGCAAAAAAUAAUAUAUUAUAUAUUGACAUUAAUAAUGAAAUAUUCAUUAUGGUCACAUUUGUUACACUGCCUUUUAUUAGCUGAUUAUAAUGAGAAAAAAACAUAGUAUUAUUAUAUUUCUCAUUUUAUUAAAAGGUUGCAGUAAUAAAAACCUAAUGAGAAGGAUCAUUGAAAAUUAUGGAAACCAAUUGUGUUUUUCGUUUUUUUAUAGCAAAAAUAAGAACUUGACAUGUUAAAGCGUAUCUAAACCCCUGUUCAGAGCCUGACUCCACCCACUGGCAAUAUUUGAAAAAUGCAAGAAAAGUGGGCAGACCCCAACGGAGAUAGAGGGGACGAACUGAGGUCGUACCAAGGGCGUGGUGAGCUUCAAAUUGCUUACGUAGGGUCGUACCACUUACGUCACGCGAUACCGCAACAUUCAACUGUAGCAGCCACCGUUCAACCUGAAGAGGGCAGCACUUAGACGUUUUACAACAUAUAUUGUAGCAUUGAAACACUUUAUACCCAAAUGUCAAAAAACUUACUCAAAUCAAUGAACAGCACCGAUAAAGCCCCAUUCUUACAGAUCAUUCACUAAAAAAAGUUGGUUUAGAGUUUAGUUACACUUUAAGAUCUUAACAACUUGUCAUGAUUUACACUACAAUAGAAAUGCUGUAUGUUUUACACCAUGCCAAAAUAUCAAAAAAUCCGCCCAAAAUCACUGUGGACGGGUGCAUAAAUAUAUAGCUAUAAAGUUAAGACUGUGUCUGAACUCUUUUCCCGCCAUUGAUGAGUUAUCUUGUCAAUUAUGCUAUUAUCCACUAGGUGGUGUUCUUAAAGGGACAGUAA